GAAAAAACAGCGUUAUAUACCGAGUGCGUCAGCUGCCACUGCAGGUUAACAACUUUUGGCUCGCUCAGUUCUCUUAAAACUGAGUAGAUUGCACACUAUCCCUUUAGAAGAAGCCAAGUUAUUGCUUGGUUGUUGUCUGAGGCGCUGGCUCCAAGCUUUAGGAUCAGUACUCUGUGUGUUCUGUCUUUGGGAAACCAUCCCUCACUCCUUGUAUCAUUGAGAGGUACUUGCACACUUGCCAGACUCGUGGCUGGCUUUUCCAUCUGCUAGCGAGUUUCUCCUUUCACCUUAAAAAGCCUGGUUCCGAUCUUGUCCUCUUCAUAAACCGGUGCGAGGAACAGCAAUACCCAGUGAAGUGAAACUGUACAUCACACAACUGUCAGAUAUACUAAACUACACCGUGAGGGUUAAAAUAGCAACAGUCUUGAGAGUGUGAACUGAAGAUGACGGUGUUGCACAUCCAGCUUUACUUUAGUGCUCUACUUUUGUGGAUCGUACAGAAGUCAACAUCCUUCUUGCUGCCCAACGCUACAGACCUUCCUGGCCCCUACCACGACACCCAGCCGGACUCUCCGAAGUUUCCAAACUUUUUUGGCAUCCCCCGAAACAGGCGGAAGCGGUACAUCUCCCAGGGAGACAUGAGUGCGAUUCUGGAAUACCACAACAACGUGCGCUCGCAGGUGUUUCCUCCAGCUGCAAACAUGGAAUAUAUGGUUUGGGAUGACAGGCUAGCAAAGUCUGCAGAAGCGUGGGCAGUUAAAUGCAUUUGGGACCAUGGCCCUCCACAGGUGAUGAGAUAUUUGGGACAGAAUCUAGCUGUUCGCUCUGGGAGGUAUCGGUCUGUUGUAGAUCUUGUGAAAUCAUGGCAUGAUGAGAAACUAUAUUAUUCCUUCCCUUAUCCUCAGGAAUGCAAUCCUAGCUGCCCUAACAAAUGCAGUGGUUCUGUAUGUGGUCACUACACCCAGAUGGUGUGGGCCAUGACCAACCGAAUAGGUUGUGCUGUUCACAACUGCUACAACAUGAACGUGUGGGGAAGUACAUGGCGUCGUGCUGUAUACCUAGUGUGCAACUACGCAAUUAAGGGAAACUGGAUAGGUGAAGCUCCUUAUAAGAUGGGAAGACCUUGCUCAGCCUGUCCGCCAAGCUACGGAGGUUCCUGCAUUAACAAUUUGUGUACUUUUGGGGCCCAGUCCAACAAAAUAAACUGGGUAUAGUUUCAGGAAUAACCACUGUUAAGUCUCCAAAGCAGUGCAGUUUCUGUAGAAAACUAAGACACAUUUUGGUUUAAAACUAUUUUUCCUGCAGUAAACCAGAUUUGUGCAGA